UCGUGAGCUUUCUUUCGCCGGUUGCAGCGAGUCACCUGCCGCCGGUCCGAUUCGUAAACAAAUAUUUUGAAAAGCAAUUGAAAUUUCGGCAAGAGAUUCACGUUGAUUUUACAAUUUAACUCGCCCAUGGCCAACAAUGAAGAAGGUCGUCAAGCAACCACUCAACAUGAGAUCCAGCUAAUGAGGCAGCAGUUACUGCCUUCCAUGUCAGAAGAUAUUGAGGCAGCACUGAAAUCGUUGAAUGAAUCAACAGGUGAAAGCAGCUGUAGCAUCUUUAGAGUCCCUCAAGCACUUGCUGGAGGAAUUGCCGAGGCAUGCUUGCCUCGCAUCGUCUCUAUUGGCCCGUACCACCAUGGAGAAUCACAAUUGCAAAUGUUUCAAGGGCACAAGUGGAGAUACCUCCACACUAUGUUGGAAAGAACUCAACCGCACGGUAUCUGCCUUGGAAACCUCAUCGAAAUAGUGGCAUCAAAAGAGAAAAUGAUCCGACAGUGCUACUCGGAAAGCAUCGACAAUUUCAGCGGACCUGAUCUUGUGAAAAUGAUGGUUCUCGACGGAUGCUUCAUCAUUGAGUUCCUCCGUCAAAUUGCCGGAUAUAUACGGCCCGACAAAAUCCUAUUAAUCAAUUCCAAUUCAUUCGUGUUACUUUCUCUUGGGCGUGACCUUCUACGACUUGAGAACCAGGUCCCGUACUUUGUUCUUGAGGAUUUGUUUGAAAUGACGAACAUUCCAAAAACAACCUCAUCUUUGGAUAAUCUUGCCUUCCGUUUCUUCAGCUGCUUCCUGGAAGGACCUGCCAUUGUUGGGGAAAGACCAAGAGGAGUGCAUUUACUCGAUUUAUUUCGUCUGAGCUUAAUACCUAGGGAUCAACAAGACAAUCUAGUAGAGGAGAGCUCAUCUUAUCAUACGAUCAGAUCUGCUUCCGAGUUCCGUCGAGUGGGAAUUGGAUUCAAGCGGAGUGAAGCCAGCACCUUCCUAGAGAUCAAAUUUGACAGCAAACGGAGAACCGUUGGAAUUCCAAAAAUAGAAAUAGAUCAUGAUCUCAAUUGCAUCCUUUCCAAUAUGGUUGCUUUUGAACAAUGUCGCGGCCAAGUGGACGGGCACAUAACCACCUAUGCCAUGUUCAUGGGAUGCCUCAUUCACACGGGCGAUGAUGUACAACUUUUGCGUGACCGUAAAGUCAUCUCAAAUCACGGCAUGAGCAACGAGGAUGUUGCACGCUUCUUCGGUGAUCUUUGCAAGGACGUUUAUUUCGACGUUAGGGGGAGCUAUCUAAGGUCACACUUUGCAAUUUUAAAUGAGUAUCUUAAGUAUGAACGGGCUUAUCUUUGCUAUGCACAACUCCUUAAUGCUUUUCAUGACAACCCAUGGUCAGUUCUUUCGGGUCUAGCUGUUGUAGUGACGCUUAUAGGCAUGAUUCAAUCAGUGUACACUGUACUGCAGUACUAUCACCCCAAGUAGCAGGAAGCAUCUAGAAACUACAUCUCCAUAUUGAUUUCACAACAUGUAUUGACUCUGUUUUUAGUGAAUAUUUCGAGUUGUUGA